CCAGGAAGUGGAGACGUAGUUGUUGGUUGGCAUGGAAACGGCGUACCCGGAUGUACUGUGCACGCGAGCGCAGCGGGGCUGGGAAAGGGGCUCGGGUUGCCAGCCGGCAGAGGGAGGGUAGCGGAGCAGGACUCGCGCGACCCCGCGCUGAGUCCAUUGUUGCAGAGCCUGGCUGCGCUCCCUCUGGAUCACAAUGGAUAUUACAAGGGGAAACUUGGAUGAAAUUUCAAGGCCUGCAUCUAGCUCAAGAGCGCACCCUGUAAGCAGAGCUUUAAGUGCAUCUUUGGAAGUUCUAACACCAGAGCCAUGCUUAUCAAAGGUUUCUUCAGCAGUUGAUCGUAAGGAAGACAAUUCAAGAAACAGCAGUGUAGAGGAAAACAAAGAUGAUGAUAGCGAGAAGCAUGAAAUGAAGAAAAUGAGAACAUCUCCACAGACUUCUGAGCGGGAAAUUAACUGCAUUUUCCAGCAGAAGAUACAAAAUGCUAAUGAGUGUCCAGCAAAUUCUACCAAUCUAGAAAAUACUGAAGAGAAAGAUAUAGAUCCUCGGAUUCAAGAAGCGAUAAAGAAGAUGAAUAAAUUGGACAAGAUACUGGCAAAGAAACAAUCUAGAGAAAGAGAAAUUAAAAAACAAGGCAGAGAAGUGAGGGCUAAACUUUGGGAAGAACUUCAGUCUGUAACCUCACUAAGUGCUUCAGGAACUCAAGAGGAGAUAGAAAAUACAAACAAAUUUUUAGCUUUGACCUCCUCAUUGCAGAUAGUUGAUCCUUCCCAUUCUGAAGAAGAUGAAAUAUUUAUUUCAGUAUUUCACACACAAAUUAAUUCAGAAGAUUACGACUGCAAUGAAAAACAAGCUGUACAGGACCAUCUAAAUGAAAUCAAAACAAGCGGCUCGCUGAAAAUAACAGGAAAAACAGACCAAAAAAGUGACACCAGAAGUAAAAAUACUCAAGAUUUUAUUAAAAAGAACAUUGAGCUGGCAAAGGAUUCAGGGAGCCAACUGGUUAUGCUAACGGAAGAGAAGAAAAGAUUGGUUGAACUGUUGAAAGAUAUAGAAGACAAUGGCAGUGAACUUCAAGGCAUUGAGGAAGAUGUAACUGGUUGGCUAAUACCAGGAGAAGGGUACACACCCGAACCAAUGGAAUAUCAUCACCUAAAUGAAAUAGAUGCUAAACUCCAAGUAGUACUCUCUAAUGGUGAUUUCUGUGCAAGUCACAGCUCCUGCUCAAAAGUCCCAAGCCAAAUUUAUCAGGAAUCUCUGGCUUAUGCAAAUAGAAGUCUGGAAGCAGUUCCAGGUGAGAAGGCCCUGCAAGACACACGUGAGCAACGUGAGCAACAAAACCGACUUAAAGAGAUUAAUCAACAGCUGAAAAAUCUGGAUGGAAAUCUUCCUGAAGAAGUACCUUGUCUCUCUGAAGGGCAGCUUGUGACUCUUCUGGAAGAAUGUAUGCAGUUUCCAAGAACAACAAGCAAUGUUACCAUGCCAGAAUUACAGGAAUCUCUUUCUGAUGGAAUAAGUCCCUUUUGUUACACAACUCAAGACUCCACCCUGCUCUCCAGGUCUACUCUUUCCAAACUGUUAGAUGAAGCCCGUAGCGUGGGGAUGUUACCAGCUCAGGAGGGGGCUGGUAUCGAAGAUAAAAGUAUAUGUGAAAGUGCAGAGAAUGAAACCUGUGGCUACUAUCUCAGUAAAGCAUUGGCCAUUAGUCAUUUAUCAAAGGAUUCUGUGGCCCAAAUAGAAGAACCUGAUGACCUAGAAAGUUCACAGGAGAUGGAGAAUAAGAGUAAUACUGAAGGUUACUUUAUGUCAAGAGCACUCAGCGCAAAAAGAUUGAAAAAACCCUCUUUCUUGAAUGAACUAUUUUAUUGCAUCAGCAUGAACAAUGAACUAUCCACAGAGGCUGACAUUCCCAGCAUACCAUUGCAGACCAGAGGAGAUGAUCUGAAGAUGGAAGAUGUGACAGCAGAGUAAUAUACAUACUCCAACUUAGUCAUUUUAAUAAAACAUUGGUAAACUACACUUCAGUGUUUUUCAUUAAUACACGAUCAUUUCAGACUCUGAAUACAGUGAAAUCAUCAUGCAUAUAUACACUGCAUACCAUAAUUGUUACUGUGAAAUAGUUUCUUCUUACAGAGACAGUUAUUAUUGUCACACAUUGCAGUUUGAGUUUUAAAGGAAAAAUAUUCCACUUAAUUGAAUUUCUGGUGAAUAUUUUACAUAAUAUUGUUCAGUGUUUUACCAGCAAUGUACAUUUUUUCAACAUACAGUAGUAGAUAUAAUCACAAAGUUGCAUUGAAUUUGGUAAAAUUGAAUAUGAACUUUGUAAAAAUAUGACAUGUCAAUUCUAAUAAUCUAUUUUUUUCCUUUUUUUUGCAUACACUUUACUGUUUUGAAGAAAAAUGGCUAAAAUCUGACUGCAGCUAUUCCUGCCUGUAGUGAAGUUGUCUGUGGUACGGACUGGAUUCUGUAAAGUGGUGAGCACUCUGUCCCUGACUCAGCAAAUUACAUAAUCAUUUGCUUAUUUUUAAACCAACAAUAAUUGACAUCAACAUGACUACUUGUAUGCAUAUAGUUAAGUAUGUGCAUAAAUACUUUGCUGGAUUAGAGCUAGAGUGCUCAUCACUUUGCAGGAUUAAGCAAUAGGUGAAGAUAAGAAUUUAAUCAUGUGGCAAGUAGCCUUAGGUUCUAGUUGAGGUACAUAACUAAUUUGCACAGAGACAGUGAGUCAGUCUCUGUAGUCCUUUCUUAGGAUCUGCUUCUUAGUUGCACUAAAGUGCCUUUACACCAGUUUGACAGUAUGGAGAAGCCUAAUAGUGUAACUGAAAGUCAGAUAGAUACACAGUCCUUAGUGGGAGUUUUGUCUGAAUAAGAACUGAAAAUGGAAUUUAGAAGUUGGAUGUAACAGAAGGUAUGCAGGACCUGGAAUGAUAAUAUCGGAAUCUGAAACCUUCUGGUAAUGUCUAGCAGAAGGGGGGAAAACAGCAGCUGUUUUAUGUUUGAGAUAACAGUAUUAAAAAUUUACUUUGUCCCUACUCCCUCCCUCGCUACUCUGUCUCUUGAAUUUUUGCUUUCUUAAAGAGGCGAUCUUCUUUUCAUCUUGUGCACUAUUAUGUGAGAAUAAAAUAACUUUUUUAAGUGAUUUUUUUUAAAGAUUCUGAGGAAAAAAAUAGUCGUUCGAACAAAGAUAAUUUGGUAGUUACAUCAAAGAAAUCUAUUAAUUUAAUGUGACCUCCACAUAUAUCACACUGACAAGUUUUCAGUUAACACAAGCUAAAAGCAUAAAUUUUUUCUUAGAUUUCGUGCUGUCUAUCCACCAUUCAUUGAGAAGAAACUUCUGGUUCUACUGAUACAAAGUCAGUAAUGGCAAUGGUCAUACAUGAGCUAAUCUGAACUCAAAGUAAUAAACAUAUUCAGACAAAGUCUAAUCUGUGAUACCAGUGUAAAUGCAAGUGGAGUUACUCCAUUGACGUACUUGGGAUUUACAUGGAUUUAACAGAUCAGAAACUAGCCCAGUAUGUUUUAGCUUAUGAAUUUAGAUAACUGAUGCAUUAUAUUUGCCAUAAUCAAGUGCCACUUGUCCCGUUGGUAGUUUAGUGAAUGCUGUGCUCAGGAACCCGACCCAAACCCCUCCAGAUCAAGGCCACCACAUUGUAUGCAUGAUUUAUAUAUUAUGUCAGAAAAUGAAAGCCUAACAGUGAAGUUAUCUUGGGGACUAGCAGUUUAGGAACUUUUUUGUAGAGCAUAAAAAUUAAAUCAAAAUAUCAUCUCAUACAUACAAAAUAUCUGUGAGGUAACACAAAGAAUAGAUAAAUAUACAAUUCUAGUGGGUGGCCUCACCAUGGAGCAUCCCCUAACAGCCAGUGCAGUGCCACCAUUGUAUCUCUGCCUCAGUCUCCCCAAGUGAGAGUUUUAAUAAAUCAAGUGGGGCUUGUAUAUUGAAUAGUGUCCGUUCAGGGGUCUAGUUUUUUUUAACUCCAAAGGAAGAAGGUCAUAUAAAUAGGCCUGCCUCUCAGCUUCUCUGGCACAAAUGGGGCUAUCUUCCAAACUGUCCUUUAUACUUUUCCUCUUUAAUGCAGAAGUUUCCCACAGCUCUCUUCCCUGGAGCUGGGCUGUGGUUCAGGCCAGCUUCAGGGCUUUAGCCAGCUUCUCCUCAGCUGGGCCCUUUCACAGGCACCUGCCCUGCUGUGAAGAAGGGGGCAGCAUUUAUGCUGACCCCUUCUCCCAGCUCAUUCCUUAUUGGCUGGGACCCCUUUCCUUUCUCUCCAUAUCUUCUGAAGGGGCAGACUAUCUGUCACAACAAUAUAACUGCAAUCUUUAUUAAAGUCAUAACUAUAUGUAAAAUGUGUAUAAGAUGUAACAAUAAAUUCAGACCCAAGAUGUUGCCAGUUUCUAUGAUCAAAUAUAGGUAAAAGUCUCAGAAUCUUCUCUCUUCUUGUAUCCAUUUUACUGGCCCUACUUUCUUCUAUUUUUCCUAAUCUCUAUGAGUGAGUUUCUGUGUUGCAACUCCAAGAGAUACAGAACAGAACUCACAGUGCAUGGUGAGGUGCUAUAGCAAUUUUAAGCCACCUUUAUGCCCUUCUGAUCCUGGGCUGCUCUGAGGGUUGGAGAGGAACCUGGGGCCUGUUUAAGGUAUGGCAGUGGGCUGCAGAAUCUGCUCAGUGCUCUAUGUGAUACAGCCCCUCCACCACAUAAUUUCCGGCCCCCAGCCCUGGCCUCAGCAUAAUGCCUGCCUUGGGGGAAUCCAUUUAGGGCCCCUUCUUACUAUCCUGGCCCUUUUAUGUGGCUUAAAGGGACCAGAGCAGUGGGGAGGAUCUCUUCUAUCUCAUCUAUCUCAUGUAUUACAAAAGUAUGUUCUGUGAGCACUUGAUCUGACUCUCAUUGAAGUUUGUGGAAAGGCUCCCAUUGACUUCAGUAGGACCUGAAUCAGGCUCUAGGUGUCUAAAUUAAAAAGUGUAAAAAGAGUUGAUUUACUGGCUCUUUCAGUAGCCAUUUGUGUUACCUCAUUUUAAGUUAAAGGUGGGUAGAAUUCAAUAUUGUAUUGCUGGUAAAUUUUUUAUUUUAGAAUUGUAGACUUUAUUUCAAAUUCUGAGUGCACUAGUAGUUCUUGGUGUUCCCUCUGGCCCUUUUCUCAGAAAUGUGUUUCCCUUCCAUUUGUCAUAUGACUCUCUUCUUCCCAUACUAGACUCAAAAUACCAUUAUGAGACUUUACCCACCUCUCUGUCUUCCUUACCUUCCCCCUCCCCCAUCCUUUAAGUAUGGAGUUUGCUGAACCACCUCCAGCUCCUGUUGCUUCUAACAGGGAAUUAUGAGAUGAAAAGAUCAAGAAGAAAAAGAAAAAAAGUGUGUGUGGGGAAAUCCAUCAACUCUGGCAGAGAAAGAGACAAGAAGCCUCUAAUCAGGGCCUGCAAAAGCCUCAGCCCCAGCUCUAGCUGGGCAAGUAAGCCUCCCUAUCCAGAAUUCCCUCUGUCCCAUUCUCUGCUUACCCACCCACUUCAGUAAUUCCAACUACUGCAUGCUAAUGGGGAAGGUCCUCUCAGUGUUGUUUCCAAGCUGCUAGCUUCCCAGACAUACAGCUGUAGUGUGCAGCCUCUCCUGCAGAUCUCACUGUUCAUCCUAUUGCUACAGCCAACUCCUGUUUGUGUGAUUAAGGCAUGUGCACCUCUGCAGUUGGCCCCUUGCCUGCAGUCUUGCUGCCAUGUGCUCAGCUGCUUUUGCUAAUCCUGUUCCAGCAGGUUUAGACCUGCUUCUCCCCAAAACCCUUACACUGAUUUCUCUCAGCUGAUUUUCUUUGUGCAGGGAACACCAAGUUCCCUGGUGCCGCUCCUUCUCCUUUUUCCUGGCCCACCCUUCAUGAAUAUCGAAUGGGUUCUAUAACUGUGUUGAUUUUAUCCCCGGGGAGCUCACCCACACUAUUUCCCAUUUGGACGCAGCUAAAAGAAUUACAAAGUACAUGUGACGCUUCAGUUCAUUUGGACAGCUGCAUUCCACAACUGCCUAAUGCCCCUCCCUCUCUUCAUACUCCAAUCCUCUUCCUAAUGCACAUGUGACUAAGGCCCCAGUUCAGCAAAGCACUUAAUUACUCGCUCAACUUUCAGCACAUGAGUAACCCCACUGAAUUCAAACUGUGCUUAAAUGUUUUUCUGGAUGAGGGCCUAAGGUAGCAGGUCCAGUUGAAGGAUCCAGUUGCAGUGAUGAAGCUUCCCCUCAGAUGAAGGAGUAAGUUCAGAUGCGAAACCAGAUGGGUAAUCUGAUGGAAGGACCCUUCUAAGGGCUUGUCUACACAAGGACACUCAUGAAAGGUAAAAUUAAUCAACUAAGGGUUUGAAGUUGAAGCUCCUAAAUUAAAGUGCCUUAAACCUUAUGUGGAUGCUCUCAUUUAGAAGUGGCCUCUACGUGCCACUUUACUUUUGAAUGAGAGCAUCCACACAGGGGUUUAACAUGCUUUAACUCUUGUGCAUUGACUUCACACCUUUAGUUGAUUUGCUGUAACAUUUCUGAAUGUCAGCACAUAGACAAGGCCAAAGAUAGCUACAACAACUGACAUCAACACUUGUAAAAUACUCAACUCUUUAGUUCUGGAACCUGAGCCUUGGAUGUACAUGGCACAAAUGCCUCCAAUCGAGGUGAAGUUUCACAUAAAGUGAUUGUAGUUGAGAAUUCUCAGACUGACUUUCAAAUCAUUGUUUCACAGAUCAGAGUGCAAUUUGUGCAGCGUCUCAUGAAUGACAUGAUUGCUAUUUCUCUAUCUUAAGGUUUUUAUAUUAGCCCCUAUCACUCUAAUACUUGAGUAUUUCCCAGGUUAACUCAGUUAGCAUAGCAUGGUCCCUAAUGGACCUCCUGGUAUCUUCAGCUCUUCAUUGGUUAUUGUUCUUUUUUAUAUUUGGAAGUGAUGAUUGUUGUAAGGAUCAUUCUGGUUCUGGUACAAAAGCUUUAUCAAAGGUCUUGCAGUGUGUCCUAAAAAUAGUCAGACUCUGGAUUAGUCUAAUCGUCAUCCACAACUGGAUUUCCUUGCUGAGAUUGCCUUACCUCCAGCUGUCAAGGACUUCGUCGUGGGCAGACGGGGAACACAUCUGUCUUGCAGUUCCUAGAUGAAGAUGCAAUCUUUGAUGUAGCUGAGACCUGAUCCUUAAAUAAGAUCAAGGCAAAGGCCUUGGACUUGCAGCAGAAGUAGUUUAGAAAACAGUGGAGGUAGAGGACAGCGACGUGAUCACCCAUAGAAGAAGUGGGCAGCUGCAUUCUGCACAAACUGGAACCUUUGAAUUUGCUUUCACAUUCAACUUCAGAGACAGUGAAUUACAUUAAUCCAAUCUGGAGAUGAAAAAUACAUGGAUCACUGUGGCCAGGCCCUUCUCUAGGAAUAAUUCAGCUCACUUAUAGCUGUGUUUACUCUGCCAUUCUAAUGGGAGAAAAAAGUAGUAAGCAGAUAUGACUCUCAAUACUCAGGGAG